UUUCUUAGAAGGUAAGCCUAAUCUUUUCUUCUUAUCUUUGUGUUUCAAGAAUCUUUGAAAACCAGAACCCGAUUCGUCCACUAAAAUCCAAAAUGUCCCACCAAUAGGAAUCAAGUCAACGGCCUAGAUCAUUUCCAAAAUCAUCUCCAUCACUUCCCGCGAUUCCCUUUCCCACCUAAUCCCUCCUCUUCAAAUACCACGACGCAAUUUCUUCUAACGAAAAAACAAAAUUUUUGGGCUGUGAAAAAAAAGGAAAGAGAGAAAUGGCUUUGCCGAAGUCUAAGGAGAUCGUUUCUGCGAAUCCCGUCGUCGUUUUCAGCAAGACACACUGUCCGUUCUGUGUUAAGGUGAAGCAGUUGCUUCAACAACUUGGAGCCUCUUUCAAGGCCAUUGAGCUCGACAAUGAAAGUGACGGAGUUGAAAUUCAAGCAGCUCUGGCCCAGUGGACUGGUCAGCGGACUGUGCCAAAUGUUUUCAUUGGCGGGAAACACAUUGGAGGCUGUGACGCUACAACAGCUAUGCACAAGGAUGGAAAGCUGAUUCCUCUGCUAACCGAAGCUGGAGCUGUUGCUAAUUCUUCUGCUUAGAAAAGAGUUAUGCUUCCUGUUGUCUAGUCUAAUACUAGUAAAUAAAUACCGACCAUGGUUUAUGUUGAUUCUGUCCUUUCAGCUAAAUGCUAAAUCCUUAAUAUAUCGUAAUAAUAUUGGAUUUGAGAUAUGGUUUCUUCUUUUGAGUUUUUACCAAAUUUAUGGAAAUUUAGAGUUUCAGCAUGGAUG